UAUUCGCAUGCAGAUAUCUAGCUGUGUCCCAUCGAACUACAUGGCACAACAAUUUGACAUCAAUGAGAGGAUGAGGGGCAUUCUUAUUGGCUGGCUGAUAGAGGUGCAUUACAAGUUUGAACUGAUGGAUGAGACCUUGUAUUUAACUGUCAAUCUAAUAGAUAGGUUCUUAAUAACAGUCUCUGUGGUGCGCAAGAAACUUCAACUUGUUGGAGUGACAACAAUGCUUCUGGCUUGUAAGUAUGAAGAAGUUUCUGUUCCUGUCGUUGAAGACCUCAUAUUGAUUUCUGACAGGGCUUACUCUAGAAAUGACGUGCUUGAGAUAGAGAGCUUAAUGAUCAAUACCUUGCAGUUUAAUCUUUCAGUGCCUACUCCUUAUGUCUUCAUGAGGCGCUUUCUUAAAGCUGCUCAAUCUAAUAAAAAGUUGGAGCUUCUAUCCUUCUUUAUCGUUGAGUCGUGCCUCGUCGAGUAUGAAAUGCUUAGGUUCCCCCCGUCUCUCUUAGCAGCAGCAGCAAUCUUUACUGCACAAUGCUCUGUCAAUGGGUUCAAGAAGUGGACUAAGACAUGCGAGAGGCAUACAAACUACACUGAAGAUCAGCUUUUGUAA